CUGCCCCAGUAUCACUUCACGCGACUCUGAACUGCUCUUCGGCUGGAUUUCGGGAAUCGAUGAACGGGAGUCGGUUCACUCACAACUUCGCCAUCAAACUACUGGAGCCACUGAAAUGUAAUGAUUUCGACUCGUUUUCCCAGCUGGACUAAGAGCAUAAAAUGAAUACCUGCGCAUUUCUCUUGAUUCUGGCUGUUCAUAUUCACGCCGAUAGCGUCGAGGGACCAACAGCAGCGGGCUGUACGUUUGAUGAGGACUCCGACCCCAGUCUGUGCGAGUUCAGUCAAGGGGAGGAGGAUGACUUUGAUUGGCAGCUGUUCCGCGCCCAUGCCUCGCCACACUCCACCUCUGAUCUCAUGCGUGGCUCUUACAUGUUGGUCAAUUCCUCCCAGCAUGCAGCAGGGCAGAGGGCUCAGCUUCUGCUGCAGACACUAAGUGAAAAUGACACGCACUGCAUCCAGUUCAGCUACUUCCUGUACAGCAGAGAUGGCCACAGCCCAGGGGCACUCCGGGUUUAUGUGCGGGUCAACGGUGGGCCGCUUGGCAUUCCCGUGUGGAACAUCUCGGGUACGCGUGGACGACAGUGGCACCAGGUGGAACUGGCAGUCAGCACUUUCUGGCCAAAUGAGUACCAGAUAUUGCUGGAGGCAACAGUGGACCGUCGAGGCUACAUUGCUGUUGAUGACAUACUCCUGUUGAACUACCCUUGCUAUAAAGCCCCUCAUUUUUCCCGUCUGGGCGACGUGGAAGUCAAUGCUGGACAAAACGCCAGUUUCCAGUGUGUUGCAGCAGGCCGUCCCUCUGAAGCAGAGAAGUUCUUAUUAGAGCGGCACAAUGGUGAAGUGUCAUCAGGUGCUUCUGUCAAGCACUUGGGUCGCAAUCGCUUUGCUGUGUCCUUUCAACUGGAGGAUGUUCAGAAGCCAGAGCAGGACCUAUACCGUUGCGUCACACAGUCCUCUAGAGGCUCCGGCGUCUCCAACUUUGCUGAACUCAUUGUCAAAGUACCCCCAUCUCCAAUUGCUCCGCCCCAGCUGCUGAGAGCCGGUUCCACCUAUCUGAUCAUUCAGCUCAACACCAACUCCAUCCUGGGUGAUGGCCCCAUCAUCCGGCGGGAAAUCGAAUAUCGGGCCAGCCAGGCACCCUGGUCAGAGAUCCUUGGAGUCAACAUGGUCACCUAUAAGCUCUGGCAUCUGGAUGCAGAUACUGAGUACCACAUCAGUGUGCUGCUCACCCGGCCAGGCGAGGGUGGAACCGGACCACCUGGACCACCCCUCAUCAGCAGAACUAAAUGUGCAGAACCCAUGCGGGCACUGCGUGGUCUUAGAGCUUCAGAGAUCCAGUCCCGGCAGCUGACUUUGCAGUGGGAGACACCGGCUUUCAACCUGACCCGCUGCCAUACGUACUCUGUCUCCUUGUGCUACCACUACACGACCGCAGGGGGUGGUGGUGGGCACAACACCACAGUCAGAGAGUGCCUGGCUGUAGAUUACAACACCUCCCGCUUCACCCUCAGAGAUCUGCCCCCUUAUCACACCAUCCAAAUACGCCUGGCACUUGCCAACACCGAGGGGAAGAAGGAAGGGAAGGAGGUCACAUUUCAGACUGAGGAGGACAUUCCUGGUGGUAUUGCUCCUGAGUCUCUCACCUUCACCCCUUUGGAAGAUAUGAUCUUCCUCAAGUGGGAGGAGCCGGUGGAGCCCAACGGCCUCAUCACACAGUAUGAGAUUAGCUACCAGAGCAUUGAAUCGUCAGACCCAGGGAUAAACGUUCCAGGCCCGCGGCGCACUGUAUCCAAGCUGAGGAACGAGACGUACCAUAUGUUCUCCAACCUGCAUCCUGGCACCACCUAUCUAAUCUCUGUUCGGGCACGCACUGCCAAGGGUUUCGGCCAAACAGCUCUCACCGAGAUAACCACCAAUAUUUCUGCUCCUACAUUUGAUUAUGGAGACAUGCCAUCACCCCUGAGUGAGAACGAAAGCACCAUUACAGUCCUGCUGCGUCCAGCUCAAGGCCGCGGAGCUCCUGUCAGCACGUAUCAAGUGGUUGUGGAGGAGGAAGCUGGCAGGAAGGUGAAGAGAGAGCUUGGUGUUCAGGAAUGCUUCCCCAUUCCAACCUCUCAUGGUGAGGCCCAGGCACGUGGAGCUCCAAACUACUACACAGCCGAACUGCCACCAAGCAGCCUGCCCGAGGCCACACCCUUUACUGUGGGGGACAAUCACACCUACAACGGCUACUGGAACAGCCCCCUGGACCCCAGGAAGAACUACCUCAUCUACUUCCAGGCCAUGAGCAACUUCAGAGGCGAAACAAGGAUAAACUGCAUUCGUAUCGCCCGCAAAGCUGCCUGUAAAGACCACCAGCGAGUUCUGGAGGUCACUGAGCGCUCAGAGGAGAUGGGACUAAUCCUGGGAGUGUGUGCCGGUGGGCUGGUUGUUCUGAUUCUGCUACUGGGGGCCAUUAUCAUAAUCAUCAAAAAAGGAAGGGAUUACUACUCAUACUCUUAUUACCCUAGGAAGCCGGGGAACAUGAAUAAGACCCCCAUUACAUACAGGCAGGAGAAGAGUAAUAUGAUGGGCUCCAUGGAGCGCAGUUUCACUGAUCAGAGCACUCUGCAGGAGGACGAGAGGAUGGCCUUGUCAUUUAUGGACACCCACACGUGCAGCACCCGCAGUGAGCCACGGAGCUCCAUGAAUGAGUCCAGUAGUUUGCUAGGUGGAUCGCCCAAGCGGCAGUGCGGGCAUAAAGGAUCACCCUAUCACACGGGCCAGCUUCACCCGGCAGUCCGAGUGGCUGAUCUCCUGCAACACAUCAAUCAAAUGAAAACAGCAGAGGGCUACGGCUUUAAACAGGAGUAUGAGAGCUUUUUUGAUGGCUGGGAUAUCAAUAAGAAAAAGGAUAAAACUAAAGGAAGAUGUGAUACCCUGAUGGGCUAUGACCGCCACAGGGUGAAAUUGCACCCACUGCUCGGGGAUCCCAACUCUGACUACAUCAACGCCAAUUACAUCGAUAUUCGGAUAAACAGGGAAGGUUACCAUCGAUCCAACCACUUCAUCGCCACUCAGGGGCCCAAGCAGGAGAUGGUGUAUGACUUCUGGAGGAUGGUUUGGCAAGAGAACUGCUUCAGUAUUGUCAUGAUCACCAAGCUAGUGGAGGUGGGCAGGGUGAAAUGCUGUAAAUACUGGCCGGAUGAGUCUGAGAUGUACGGAGACAUUAAGAUUACACUGCUGAAGACGGAAACUCUGGCGGAGUACACAGUGCGAACCUUCGCCCUGGAGCGGAGGGGGUACUCUGCCAAGCACGAAGUGUGCCAGUUUCACUUUACUUCAUGGCCUGAACACGGAGUCCCAUACCACGCCACAGGUCUGCUAGCCUUCAUUCGCCGGGUCAAAACUUCCACGCCACCUGAUGCUGGACCUGUGGUGGUUCACUGCAGUGUGGGUGCGGGCCGAACCGGCUGCUAUAUCGUGCUGGAUGUGAUGCUGGACAUGGCGGAGUGUGAAGGAGUUGUGGACAUCUACAACUGCGUAAAGACCCUCUGCUCACGCCGCAUCAACAUGAUCCAGACAGAGGAGCAGUACAUAUUUAUUCAUGAUGCCAUUCUGGAGGCAUGCCUGUGUGGGGAGACGGCUAUCCCGGUUAACGAGUUUGCCCUCGCCUACAAAGAUAUGCUGCGAGUGGAUUCUCAGAGUAACUCCUCACAGCUUCGAGAAGAGUUCCAGACACUAAAUUCUGUGACACCCCAUCUGGACGUUGAGGAGUGCAGCAUCGCCCUGUUACCACGAAACCGGGAGAAGAACCGCAGCAUGGAUGUUCUCCCACCGGACCGGGCCUUGGCCUUCCUAGUGACCACAGAGGGCGAGAGCAACAACUACAUCAAUGCUGCCCUGAUGGACAGUUUCCAUCGGCCUGCUGCUUUCAUUGUAACACCCCAUCCGCUACCUGGCACGACGUCUGACUUCUGGAGGCUGGUGUUUGACUAUGGCUGCACCUCUGUGGUCAUGCUGAAUCAGCUGAACCAGUCUAACUCUGCCUGGCCUUGUGUGCAGUAUUGGCCUGAACCUGGUCUUCAGCAGUAUGGUCCUAUGCAAGUGGAGUUUCUGUCCAUGUCUGCAGAUGAGGACAUCAUCACCCGUCUUUUCCGGGUCAAAAAUGUGACAAGACUGCAGGAGGGUCAGCUGGUUGUGUGCCAGUUCCAGUUUCUGCGCUGGUCGGCUUAUCGUGACGUGCCCGAUUCCAAAAAGGCGUUCCUCAACCUGCUGGCCAGCGUACAGAAGUGGCAGAGGGAGUGUGGAGAAGGUCGUACUGUGGUCCACUGCCUAAAUGGUGGUGGCCGCAGUGGAACAUACUGUGCCAGUAACAUCUUGAUGGAGAUGAUCCAAUACCAGAAUAUGGUGGAUGUCUUCUAUGCCGUCAAAACCCUUCGUAAUGCUAAACCCAAUAUGGUUGAGACACUGGAGCAGUAUCGUUUCUGUUAUGAGCUGGUUCUGGAGUAUUUGGACUGCUUGGAGGUCAGAUAGCGAACUCCUCCUCCCCAUCCCAGCCCAAGCUGACCACCAUGCUUGGAGCAGGACCACUGGCAGGCUUACUCUCACAACCCCAUCUCCCUCUGCUUUUCGCUCCCUUUCUUCCUAUCGUCUUUUCUAACUCAAAACGCAUAAUGAAGGAGAUGAUGCAAUGACAAAAACCGGGCAGUAGAUUUUUUUGCCUUUUCACCCCAAACAUCUAAACAUGCUACACCUUCUGUUGUCAUGGAUGUUUUUGAGAAUUUUCAGCAUAUGUUUUCCUCAGAGCUGUGAGCAAUUCUGCAAAAAUGCUCCAAAACCUGGCUUGGUGCUGUGUGGUUGGUUUAUCUCUGCUUAAAGAGACUAUGAGCUGUUUCUAAAAACAGAAGCUUUACUUUUACACCUGCCUGUUUCUCUCUGGCUGGCUGGACUGAAGAGCAGAAAUAAACAUCACUUAGAGGUGGUCUCUUCAUGUGCAGCUUGGUGGAGCUGAGAGUCUAGCAUCUGUUCCAUAGCCCUUAAAAGAAUUCAGGCACCUGCCAUGCCCCUUAAAAGGAGCCAAAUGGACAACACACACAAAAAAACACACACACUUGCAUGCAUAAAUGCACACAUACACAAUGAACCAACCAGCAGACAGCUUUCCAUCAACUGCCUAUCAAGACAUCGAUGCCUCUUUACUUCAACUGUACGACCAGUGUUAGACUAAGGCCUUGGGACUGCAUUUUAGCAACCGGAGUGUUUUAAACUAUUUUUUUUUUUUGAGGAGCGACCCUAAUGAUACUUCUAUCGACUGGAGGCUGAGUUUGCUCCUUUAUACAUGGAGCCAUACAGUAUGUCUCAAGAGGAGAGUCGGCAGAAAACUGUGGCUUUCCUUGUAGUGACUGUUGUCUUUUUUCCACUCACCUGUAUAUAUACUUAACAUCUGCUGGAAAUCCCUUAAGUCUUAAGGUGUAAGUCUCAAGUGCUAACAGUGGCCCUGUGUGCUUAAAGCAAAGGAAGUACAUUAGCAAAGGGGUAGACAUGAUGGCAUUCUCAAACUUGCAGUGGAUUACAGCCUAACCUUUAUUCUCUCACUCAGUAGUUUUGAGAGAGCACCGUUAAUAGUCUUUUUACAACAGCGCUGAAAACGGGAACAGAGGUGGAGAAAGGGAUGCCGGCAAUCUACUUCUUUUCACUUGUAACUAUUUAUCUGACUGACUUGUGUAGUUUGAGUUAUUGGAUUUUGCUUAACAAUUGUGCAGCUUUUGAGUGUACAGUACAGUGGAGCCCUGGGCUCAGGAUUCUUCAAAGCAUACCUUUAAUUUCAUACGUCCACAGUCCAUUUCUGUUUCAUUUCAAUAUGUUUUCAGUUUUAUUUGGUGUUUUCCUCUAAUAGCCUGACAAACAAGAUGGUUAACAGUCUGCUGGUGAUGUCCGGUAAGAGGAGAGAGCCAAGAGUAAAAAUACCAAUUACCAAGUGAAACUGUAUUAACCGUCAGUAAAGCUAAGUGUGUAAUUUCUGCACUACUAAUGUCACCAAACGGAAUUGCAAAAAUAAUGUUUUUAAACAUGUCUCCCAAUCAUUCCCUCUGUUUCCCAUUGGUCGAACAAUCAGGUGGUCCUGCCCCAAGCUCAAGCUAUAGUUUAAGCCAUUGUUGCUGUGUCAGACUGGACAGAUGAUCAAACUAACAGAGCAACAUUUUGAUAGUGCCACAGAUCCACAAUGUUUACACAUUUUUUUUCUCUAGCAGAAAUCAGUCUAUAAAUGACUUAGAGCUGUAUGCAUAUUAAACUGGGAAAAGAAAAAAGUCUAGUAUUUUGACAAACAAAUUUACACUUCAGCUUUAAUUUACAAUAGUUUCAACUACAAGCACAAAAUGAAAAGAGUCAAAGAAUAUCUAUAUCAGUAUUAGACACACACUCUGCUCAAAUUGUUAUGACCCCAACUGUGAAAUGUACAAAAUUGCCAUAUCAGCAAGAUGCCAAGUUAUCAAGCCAUAGAGGCAUGCUCCCAAUGAUUUCAUUUUUACUCUGCAUACAGCAUCUCAGACGUUAGCUUGCCCCAUUCCACACUGAGUGACAGUCUGAAAUGCCAGAUGGUGUUAACAAGCUAGUUAAGGGGAACACAAAAACAAAUAAAAAACAUUGUUUGAUCAGAAAGAUAGGGCAGUCUGUGAUCAGAUAGGGGUGCUAAUAAGACAGUGUUGUCACUUAUUUCAGUACAAUGUCUUUAGAACCAUUGGAUUUUUUGGAAAGUGCCUGGACACUCAAAUUUACAGUGGAAAGUAUGUGUACAUAUAGAUGUAUAUUUGUGUUUUGUGAAUAGUUUGUGAAUAAAGCUUGUUUGGCCAGAUUUUAAAAGUAAUAGAAAGAGUUGAAUGUACUGUAUACUGUAAGACCUAUUUUCUGAAUAUGUCGCCAAAAGAUCUGACACACCCGCAGUCAACUGUGGAUGAUCUUUAAAAGCCAUUCCAAAGUCACCCCUUCAGAAUGCCCAUUUAGUCACUUUAUAACCCUCUAACGAUUGUUUUUUGCCAUGCUCAUUCCAAAGACAUUAGCCAUCUUAUAAUGGUAGUCACCUCUACUAAUACCGUAUAGUUGUCCCCCGUGACUUGCUUUGUGAGAGAAGGGGACUUUUGCCACUCUUGACUUUUGCUGAAACAACUGUUGAGCCAGGUCCUUGUUUUUUGUGCAUUUUGUUUGUUUAUUUGUUUCCUUCCAAGUGUUUCUGUAUGAUACUGAAUGAACUGAAAAAUAACUGUGUUUUUGACCAUGUGUUUGUGGGACAGGAAAAGGACAUGGAGGCAUAUAUCCCAUGGGGAACUGGGGGUUGGGGUGGAAUGGGAUGUUCAAACAAUAAUAAAAUGUUCUGGA